UCUAAACAGUUAUCUUUAAAAAGCAUUUGACUCUGUGCGUCUUCCUUGCAUCCUUUUUAGUUAGUUAGGAGUUUGCGUUGGGCAGAGGGGAGGGAGAAGAACGCCUGUUCUGAUCGGGAAACACCGAGAGACCAGACCAUCUCUUUCAGCAGCAAGGAAAAGAAGCCUUCGCAGGAUCCACACAUUAUCUACCACUUUCUAUUGCUUUUUGUGCAAAUUCCUAAUUGUGCCUGACGUCCAACCAAGCAGGCAGGCAUGGGCUGUUUGGGCAACAGCAAGACAACAGAAGACCAGGGCGUUGAUGAAAAAGAAAGACGCGAGGCCAACAAAAAGAUCGAGAAGCAGUUGCAGAAGGAGCGCCUGGCUUACAAAGCGACUCAUCGCCUGCUUCUACUGGGGGCUGGUGAGUCUGGCAAAAGCACUAUUGUCAAACAAAUGAGGAUCCUGCACGUCAAUGGAUUUAAUCCGGAGGAAAAGAAACAGAAAAUUCUGGACAUCCGGAAAAAUGUUAAAGAUGCUAUUGUGACAAUUAUUUCCGCAAUGAGUACUAUAAUACCUCCAGUUCCACUGGCCAACCCAGAAAAUCAAUUUCGGUCUGACUAUAUCAAGAGUAUCGCCCCUAUCACUGACUUUGAAUAUUCCCAGGAAUUCUUUGAUCAUGUGAAGAAACUUUGGGAUGAUGAAGGCGUGAAGGCGUGCUUCGAGAGGUCGAAUGAAUACCAGCUGAUCGACUGUGCACAAUACUUCCUGGAAAGAAUCGACAGUGUCAGCUUGGUGGACUACACCCCCACAGACCAGGACCUUCUCAGAUGCAGAGUUCUGACGUCAGGGAUUUUUGAGACCCGAUUCCAAGUGGACAAAGUAAACUUUCACAUGUUUGAUGUUGGUGGCCAGAGGGAUGAGAGAAGAAAAUGGAUCCAGUGCUUUAAUGACGUCACCGCUAUCAUUUACGUGGCGGCCUGCAGUAGCUACAACAUGGUGAUUCGGGAAGAUAACAACACCAACAGGCUGAGAGAGUCCCUGGACCUUUUUGAAAGCAUCUGGAAUAACAGGUGGUUACGGACCAUUUCUAUCAUCUUAUUCUUGAACAAACAAGACAUGCUGGCAGAAAAAGUCUUGGCGGGGAAAUCAAAAAUUGAAGAUUAUUUCCCAGAGUAUGCAAAUUAUACUGUUCCUGAAGAUGCGACACCAGAUGCAGGAGAAGAUCCCAAAGUUACAAGAGCCAAAUUCUUUAUAAGGGAUCUGUUUUUGAGGAUCAGCACAGCGACAGGGGAUGGCAAACACUACUGCUACCCACACUUCACCUGCGCCGUGGACACGGAGAACAUCCGCAGGGUGUUCAACGACUGCCGAGACAUCAUCCAGAGGAUGCACCUCAAACAGUACGAACUCCUGUAAGGCAGCCCGGAU